AUGGGUGAAAGCAACAAUGGAAACUAUAAAGGGUGCAGUAAUCAAACUCUGUGUAAAGAAGUUGCCUUCACUUUGACUCCUGCUGAUAAAAAGCAAAUCCAGAUCAGCUCAGCCUGUUGUGCAACUGACUUGUGCAAUCAAAACCUGACACUCAGUUCACCUCCUGUUGGUACUGUUGAAAAUGGAGUGAAUUGCCCAGUGUGUGAGAAUUACAACAGCCUCCAGGUGUGCCAAGCCAAUACACACCUUGCCUGCCGAGGAGCCGAACAGAAGUGCAUUACUCUUGAAGGGAAAACAAAAGAUGGAAAGGGCAACUUCACCUUCCAAGGCUGUGCAACGGAAAAUGCCUGCAAACUGAGGGUAGAUGACCUUGUGCCCUUCAAAGACAAGAUCUAUAUGUUGUCCAAGAAUGCAACGUGCACCGACAGAGGAACCAUGGCAGCAAUCUCUUCUCCAAUGGUCCUAAUUCCUGUGGUUGUUGGAUUCCUCUUAGCAAAUAUCCAUUCUUAACCUAGGCAAAUACCAGCUUGCUCCUGAGUGCUGGAUAAAAAAAGCUCCACCUUUCUUUUUUAUUAUGAGAAUUGCAGACAACAUAUUUGUCAUGAGGACUGAGUGAUACACACACACACACUCACACAUAUUUUAAAAGGAGAUAACUCCUUUCUCGAGUUUCUCAAACUGUAGGACUCUUUCUCAUUGAGAACAAAUCUAUCAAAUAUAGGGUGUCGCUUCAAUCAAUUUAAUCUCAAGGGCUCAGUGUAGCACUUUUUUGUAACAGAGUAAUUGGACUGAGAGA